AGUCGCAGCUGUCGCAUCUCACGGUUCCACUAACCUCUCCCGGACAACCUGCUUUAUACAACUGAAUCAUCUCUGUCUGCCCCCGGACAUCGCAAGCAGCUGAUUGAAAGCGGCCAACAUGGUGUGCGGUGGCUUCACCUGCUCCAAGAACUCCCUAUGUGUCCUCAACCUGCUUUACAUUAUGGUCAGCCUCUUACUGAUUGGCAUCGCAGCCUGGGGCAUAGGAUUCGGUCUCAUCUCCAGCCUUCGAGUGGUCGGAGUAGCUGUUGCUGUUGGGAUCCUGCUCUUCCUAAUUGCCCUGGUUGGGUUAAUUGGAGCUAUUAAACACCACCAGGUGUUGCUGUUUUUUUACAUGAUUAUACUGUUUCUCAUCUUCAUUAUCCAGUUUUCAGUAUCAUGUGCUUCUUUGGCAAUAAACAAAAGCCAACGGAAUGAACUUCUGGAAGUUGGGUGGAACCACACACAAGGUGCUCAACAUGAUAUUGAGAAAAAUCUUAAUUGCUGUGGAUUUAACAACUACACUAAAGAUUCGAGUUGUGCUGCUCCAUGUUUUGGAACUCCGGAGUGUCCCACGUGCGCAUCGAUAAUUGAACGCCAUGCAGAGGAAGUUCUAAGAAUUGUGGGAGGAAUUGGUUUCUUCUUCAGCUUCACUGAGAUUCUUGGAGUUUGGUUGACCUACAGAUACAGAAACCAGAAGGACCCACGUGCAAACCCCAGUGCUUUUCUUUGAUUUAAAGAAAGAAAAAACUAGGACUUUGAGUUUCUCUAUUUAAUACUCUGCAGCUCUUUUUGAUUGCUGUGGUUAAUCUGUUUGAUGGACAGAUGUUUUCAACUAUGAACAUUUUUUUUGGGGGGGGGGGAUGAGUCAUAAAUUCACAUGAAUUAAACUGCAAUAUUUUGACAAAGGAAAACCAACUAAAUAUAAAACAAACAAAAUAUAAUAGUGCAAAAAAUUCAGGCAUUUUUAUAUCAAGACAAUAUCCCCAAGCAUUGCAAACUCGUAAACACUAAUUGCCAAGUUGUGCUAGGUUGACUACUGAAUAGUUGUUAAAAUAAAUAUAUUUGUGGAAAGAAAGGUGUUAAUAUUCAUAUUCACUAUGAAUAACCCAUUAGCAGUGUAGCAGAACUCAGAGGCUGUCAGUUUAAUUAUCCAUAUGGAGAAGUGAAAUUUCCUAUUGAAAUCUGUAAUGAAAGAUUCAUACAAACUUUUAUAUCCAAAUCUGUGGUCCCAAUAAAACUGGUGGUUUUUAGAACCUGGCAACAUUUUUAUUUUAGGUUAUGUUUUAAUUUACAAUUUGUCAAUUUGUAUUUACCACAACGGAAUUGA